AUGCCGGAAUAUAUUAUUAAAAAGCACCAAGAGUUUAAGAAAAACCGGGGAGUUGAUGCGAAGGUCUUACAAUUAUAUCAUGGAACAAAACAUUCUUGUGAUAUUAAAAAAUUGAAUAGUGUAGAUAUGUUGUGCAAAAAUGCAGAAUGCAGUGCUUGUGGAAUUGUUCGUAACGGACCUCGGAUGUCAUUGGCGAAAACUUGUGGAAUCGGAAAAUUCAUCUGGCUAGCACCAACUGCUAAUAUUUCUCAUGAAUAUACUGGCGUAAUUCCUCUGCAGAAUCAAACAACUUCAAAAUACAUAGAUUGUCGAGCAGUGUUUUUGAUGGAUGUAGUUGACCCCGAGUCAUUUAAAGAUACGUACUUUGUUAGAUCUGAAGAGGUUGAAGAAAUUAUUGAAUUGUACGGGAUUGACGAAAAAGAUGUUCAAAUAGAAAGAAAUGGUGUUUCACAUUUUCAAGGAAAACAGCCAAUUCCGCAGGAAUUGGUCACCCUAGAGAAGGAUCCCUUAGAAAAAGUUUCGGACAAAAUGCCAACUGAAACACAUGGUCAACCUGGAGUUAUUGGCGCUGGUCAACAAACCGCGACAUCUCUUAGUCUUUUCUUUCAAUUCUUUUGUUUUGUAGUUCCUGUAUUGGGUGCUAUCCUAGCAGAUCAAUACUUGGGAAGAUAUAAGACAAUUCUAAUCUUUUCUUUAGUGUAUGUUACUGGGCUGAUUGUUUUAACGCUUACAUCAAUUCCACUCGCGAUCGAAGCCAAAGCUUCUUUACCCGGCCUUAUAGUCUCAAUGAUUAUCAUCGGGAUCGGAACUGGAGGAAUCAAGACAAAUUGUGUUACUAUGAGUGCAGAUCAAUUUUCUCAUAAAGAUCCCUAUGUCAAAACUUUGAAGUCCGGAAAAAGAGUUAUUGUUGAUCCAGAACUCACCAUCUCAUCAAUGUUCCAUUGGUUCUAUUUUUCAUUAAGCUUUGGGUCUCUUUCUUCAUUGGUCACAACUUAUAUUGAAAAAUAUUAUUCAUUUUGGAUGGCUUUCCUUAUCCCUACUAUAAUCUUUGUCGUCUCGGUUAUAAUCUUUGUUUCUGGAAGAAAUUUAUAUAUCAAAACACCACCGCAUAGUUCUGCAUUGUUGGAUUUAUUUAAUGUUUUUCGGUUAGCUUUUAAACAUGGUAGAAAUCUUGAUAAUGCCAAACCGUCAAAAUUUUCUCCGAAUGAAGCAAAACAUUACAAAAUUAAAUGGGAUGAUGAAUUCGUGGAUCAAAUAAAAGCAUCUAUUAAAGCUUAUAAAGUUAUUCUGGCAUAUCCUAUCUUUUGGGUUUGUCAUAUGCAAAUUCAUAAUAAUUUAAUAUCUCAAGCUGCUACUAUGACGGUUAAUUUCAUACCAAAUGAUAUGAUGUACAAUUUGAACCCCAUUACUUUGAUUAUUUUUACUCCUAUUGCCAAUCACAUCUUUUAUCCCGCCUUGAGACGCAUCGGUAUUAAUCCUCGACCUGUAACGCGUAUUUCCAUUGGUUUCAUAAUAAUCGCUUCUGCAAUGCUAUAUUCGGCAAUUAUCCAGUAUAUCAUUUAUAAUACUGGCCCAUGUUUUGAGGCAACUCGUUGUAUAAUUGACGGAAAAUCAGUUCCGAACGAUAUUAGUGUUUGGUGGCAAGCUCCUUCUUAUAUUUUAGUCGCAUUCUCAGAAAUAUGUAUCACUGGCCUUAAUUACGUUUACAAUAAGGCACCAUUACGACUUAAAUCUACAAUAACAGCUUUAUACUUAAUGACUUUAGCUGCUGGAGCACUAUUAGGAUUUGUUUUUGUUCCAUUAUCAAAAGAUCCUUAUCUAGUCUGGUUAUUUGGCAUUUUAGCCAUAAUUGCAUCUAUUACUGGAGUGUUUUUAUUCAUAUUUUUCAAAGAUUCUGAUGUUUAA